GCGAGAAGAGUACAGCCAUCGGAUCCCAAGAGUACACUAGAGUUGUGCACAUCGUUGAGUAACCUAUUCUUCCAGACAUAUAACAACGAUAUCUUUCACAUGCAGCCCAACACGUAUGACAGUGUAUUUAAGUUAUGGUCGCAUAUCCGCACGUCUGUCACCACUUAUCGCUAUAAUCAUCUAACUGUCCGCUAAUACACCCAUUACUCCAUACAUCUGCACCCAUACUGUAGUUUACUCUCAUUUAAUUCAUUCAUUAUGUGUUCAUUGAUUUAUUGAAUCAAUGAAUUCAAUAUAAAUUGUAAAUAAAAUAUAGUUUUGAUUCAAGAAUUUGUUUGUCGUUUGCAUUCAU